AUGCCUUGUCCAAUACCCUGUGACUGGUGUAUCGGACUUUCUGUUGUGAUUUCCAUCCUGAUUGCUGUUGGAAUUGCUCUUAUUAUUGCUAUUUUCCUGGUCAGUGGUAUAUCCUUGAAGAAGAUCCUAAUUAUAGUUGUACUAGUAGUGGGUGGAAUUCUUCUGAUCAUGGCCAUUGUUGAUGCAGUCCUACUGGGCAUCCAGACAGAUGCUGACCUAGGUACUGGAGCAUAUCUUGCUGCAGCUGUGUUGUGUGGCUUUGGUUUUGUGAUUGGCAUCAUCUUGAUUGCAGUUGGAGUGUGGCUGCGUCUCAAAACUGGUGAGUUCUUUUAUAGCGUCAGUGUUGCAGAAGUGGGAAAAAAGAUCAUUGUCGGUCCCAUGUGA